AUGUCACGGCAUAUUGCAGUGCUGCUGUGCAGCUUCCUAUGGAUUGGCUGGGCUAGCGAGCAAUGCUCUUCGCAGUCGCAGAAUUGCAGGGAGGUCGUAGACGUCGACAUGGACCCUGAUGAGACGCUCAUCAAGGUUCAGCUUCUCCAGGCCCACUUGGACUUGCAGAAGGCAGGGGACGCCAACUCUUCGCAGAGGACGCUGGAGGACGUGGUCGUGGAGAUGCUCCACCCGCGGAAGCUAGACAAGAACCACAGUGUGCGGCCGACCUUGGCCUCACUGCUCGGAGAGGAAUUGAUUUCCUUUCUGGAGCAAGUCGGCACGCAGACAUCGCAAUUCCCAAUCGGCUGGCCAGCUUGGAUGGAGAUAGCGCCCACCAAGGAGCAAGGCCGAAUUAUUGGCAUCUCGCUGUCCAUCUUUCUGCUACUCUUUUGCUGGUGGAUUACCACCCUCAAGGAAAUUCCGCCAAUGAUGCGGGAGAGCAAAGAAGAGGGCCCCAAAGACCUUCGGCCCAUCAGCGCUGAAGAGCUCAAGAAACAUUCGCACCAGGGGGACCUUUGGAUUGCAAUUGAUGGCAUCGUGGCGGACAUCACAGACUUUGCUACCAGCCAUCCUGGUGGGAUCGACUUGCUUCUGCAGCAUGCAGGCGCUGAGGCUGCUGAGCCGUUUCACGACGUGGGGCAUUCCGAGUUUGCUUUGGAGCAGAUCAAGCAGCGCGCUGUGGGCGUUCUGGCCGCAGCACAGGUUAAAGCCGAGAUAGCCAUCGAGAAAGAUACGUUGACGAGCCGGAUCUUCACAAAAGAAGACCCGAUCAACGCUCACAAAGUGCUGGGGUUCACGGUCCUAUCAAUGUACUUGUACCGGAUCUUUGUGUGGGUUUGCCAGACUGAGUCACCAGGCUCCGAUUAUGCCGGUUUUCGCCCUGACUUCUGGGCCUUAGCCAGCAUCCUGACAGUGGAGGGUUUGCAGCUCUCCUCCUUCAUUUUCACCGUACCCAAGAACCGGCCCCUCUCAGGGCCCAUGAUUUGGCAGGAGUGGCGUGCGCACAAUCUCAUUUUCGUGACCCGCUUGACGAUCUGCUUCCUCGGAGCAUGGAUCGUACAUCGGAUUGGAAGCAGCCAUGGGUGGCCGGCCUGGGUGCAAAUGAAUGUGAACCAGCUGUCCGUCUUCGCGCAAAUGCGGCUAGCAGAUCUUGCAACAGCCUGGCUGCGUGACGACACGCACGAGACGCUGGUAAGUACAAUGCCCUACUGGGAGCAUUGCCCGAAGUGGGUGGAAUCGAUGUUCCGGACAUGGUACUCUUUGUCGCAGAUCUAUACAACUCUGGUCAUCAUGAUGGCAGGUCCUGGCAUGGACUUAUAUUUUGUGAUGAUCUUGCCAUAUCAGCUGUACUCGGUUUUGAUGACGUUCGUGCGCAAAGGUAUCAUCUCCUCGCGCACCUGUCACGUGACAUACUUUUGGAGCCUCUGGCAAAGCUGGAUUUGCGGAUUCAUGCUGCGCAGCGCGCGUAUGUUCUUUCAGCUUCAGGCUAUAAACAUUGCGGUGUACUGCACCCGAGUCUAUGGGUUGAACAAGUACGUCCUAUGGAUCGGCGUUUGCAUUUCCUUUCAGCUGUACAAUUUCCAGAGCUGGCCAUACCGAACCGAGACUAAGUUACUUGAGUUCCCGCUCUUCAGCGUCAUGGUCUUGGUCUGGCUCAUCUUGGCCCUCGGCCUGAAGUUCUUCAGCUCGGUGCCAGUCUUUGACUCGAGGCAUGCUCGCUACGUGGAGGCACGGCCGAAACGGCUUAUCUUGAGGAGCCGGACGCAAGUCAGCAGCUCUUUGUACCAUCUCAAGUUCGACUUCCCCUGGUUUUUCCGGUGGCAAGGCUACAGCAGUGGUCUGCAGCCAGGGCAGCAUGUGAAGCUGCUGUGCCAGAACAGCUCCCAGGGCAUGGCGAACUGGAACGGCCAUGCCAACUUGGAAGUGGACCGGGAUUACCUGAGCAGAUCCUACACGCCAAUCAACUCAUCGAAGGAGCCCACAGUUGACUUCAUCGUGAAGUUUUAUCCAGAAAAAGGCAGUGAAGCAUUUCCUGAUGGCGGUCGCGCCAGCAGAAAGCUGUGCAUGGAAAUCAAGGAGGGCUCGGAGGUGUGGCUCUCGGGACCCCACGGCAGCAAAGUCUACCGGGGCAAUGGGAACUUCAUGGUGGAUGGCAAGGUGGUGAAGGCUUCGCGCUGUUGCGCUUUGGCGGGUGGAUCCGGCAUCACUCCGGUGCUCUCACUCCUGCGGCAAUGCCGAGAGGAAUGCAGAUCCAGCUUUGCGAAGCCUGACGUGCACGCUGAUGUGAUGAAGGAGUUCGCUGUCGUCCAUGCCAUGCGCGAAAUGGACGAAAGGUUGCAGGCAGACUGGUACAACCCGGAGACUGAGAUUGGUUUGGCCCCGCGGUGCAGCGUUCACAACUUGGCCAGCGCGGAGAGCGAGAGCCAAGGGCCUUUGAAACGGCAAACGUCUCAUCGAGAAGGCAUGGCCUACACAUAUGGGAGACUAUCAAAGGAGGUGAUCUUGGAUAGCUUUCCUCCGCCAGCGGAUGACUUGGUGGUGGUCCUAUGCGGCCCCAAGGGCUUUGUGGAUGAGGCUUGCCUGCCGCUGUUGCAGGAGCUGAAGUACACCAAUGUCAUAACCAUGUGGUAG